AUGGUGCAAGAGAAGGUUCCUAAGAAACCUGAGCACCUUGAAUGUCUUCAAAUCAGGCGGGAGAUUUACAGCUUCCCCACUGAAGGGUCAAUAAGUGCAGCCCUUUUUCUGAGCACUUGCUUCCGUUCUACUUUCCGUAACUGAUAAAGCACUUUAGUGAACUCCCAGUGAAAUGUGUGGAGGUUUUUGUUCCUAUUCUCCUUCAAAUUUGCAGGAAUUUCAGACAGCAUAUUAAAAAAAAAAUGAGGAACACUAUUAGCUGUUGAAUUGGUAUUGCAAGUCAUGAACAGCCCUCCUGAACUGUGUACGGAGAGUGGAAGGUCCCUAAGCUGUUUAAUGAGGUGUAAGACUUUGAAGAAGCACCUGGAAGAGCUUUGCAAUGCACUCCAGAAGAUUGGUACAGGUGUUCAUUUUCAGUUUCUGGGUAGGGAAGUGAGAGAGAUUACCUGCAGGGAAGAGGAGGAGACGUUACAUACAGGACCACAGGUAUUGAUUUCUUCAAAAGCAACACCUGGGCAAUAUUGCAACGGAGAAAACCUGCUUGAAGGAGUUGGUGAGCUGAUGGGUUAACUCAAGGCUGGCUCCAGAAAUUAAUGAAGCAAGGAAAGAUACCGGGCUGAGCUGGUGCAAAGGAUCCUGAACUGAUAAACACUGCCCUGCUACAGGAGAGCCUGGCACAAGCUGCAGCUCCAGCAGCUCCAGGAGCCGGAAAACUACUGCCAUCCCAGCACCACAGGCACUCUGAAUCCUGAAGGCAGCUCUUCAUACCUGAAACCCCUUCAGCUCCCAGCUCAGCAGGCAUGAGUCGGUGCCAAGCACUCUUGGAAAUCUCAGCCUCAGAGUGUCACUUCUGUUUUGCUUUAAGCUGACAGUGAGCGGGAGCGCUGCGCUCCGAGCAGAGUCAGGGGCUCCUCUUUCCUACAGGAACCCCGAAAUUUCUGCAUGCGUGAGGUCACCAAGUUCCUACAGCACACACUGGGAAAGGGGAUGCAGCCGUCCAAAAGGAAGGAUCUUGCUGAAUUGCAUCAAAUAUAGUUUCUCUCUUGCUGUGAGAGCCCACGGGAAGUCAGGCAGGGUCCUGGAAACCUGAGGAUUGCAGGACUGGUAAACCUGGAGAAGUAACUACCCCUGCACGUAAGCCUGUAAAACCCUGACAGAGCAGCGUGGCUGUUGCAGAGGUUAUUCAAAACUGAGUGCAGCAAGGGGGGAAGCUUCACAUACCACUUUGCCACAUUUAAUUUUAUGUCAAAUUGGUUGUUUAGUUUUUCCCUGCAAGAGACUCCACCUCCUUUCAAAGAAGUCCCCUUAAAACCUGUUGAGAUUUUAUCCCAGUGCAACUCCUGCCUCUACUAUGCUUAAUAGUUGCACAGGGAAAGAACAGCAAACGUCCUCAGUCCCGCUGCUGGGGAUUCAGACACCUGGUGCUUUAGAAAACUGCUGCCCUGACAAAGAAUUUCUACUUGGAUUGAAGUGCUUUUUGGCUUCCAUUUAUGUUCUCUUGUCCCUAAAAGUAAUCUAAAGGAAGACAUCACUUGCCGCUCGCCUGGAAAACAUCUUCCUUUCCCUUUUUAUUUUCUUCUUUUUUUAGAGGAAAAAGAAACUUGAAGAAGAGAGUUGUUGUUCAGAUUUUUGCUCUUCAAGCAUAGGUUGAAAUGCCAGGGAGGAAGGAGGAGGCCCUUGGCAUCGCUCAUCUCCUGCUGGAACUGCAUUGCAUCACUCGGAAAACAGGACGAGAGGACAUGAGACAGCUUAUCCCGAUGUCCUUUUAACAGCACUUGGUUAAAUGCGUGGAAAUUCAUGCACCAGCAUCCACUGCAAGGAAAUGAGCAGGUGCCAGAAGAUUUUCUUCUACACUCACAAGAAGUGAAAAGCCAUGGGCGUGUUUUCUGUUUUUAACACCAGCAACGUUUCGCAGGCUGGCUCCCUCGAGGACGGCGGCAACUGGACAGCAGCAACCCAAUUCAGCCAGCCAGGCUGGAGGAUUGCUCUGUGGGCCAUCACCUACUCCUUCAUCGUCGUCACGUCCAUCCUUGGCAACGCCACCAUCAUCUGGAUUAUUCUGGCUCACAGGAGAAUGAGGACCGCGACCAAUUACUUCAUCGUUAACUUGGCCCUUUCGGACCUGCUGAUGUCCGCUUUCAACACCAUCUUCAAUUUUAUCUAUGCCAGCCACAACGUCUGGUAUUUUGGUGAGGAAUUCUGCAGGUUUCAGAACUGGUUCCCCAUCACUGCAGUGUUUGUGAGCAUUUACUCCAUGACGGCCGUGGCUGCAGAGAGGUAUGUGGCCAUCAUUCACCCCUUCAAGCCCAGGCUGUCUGCUGGAAGCACCAGAGUCAUCAUUGGGAUCAUCUGGCUGGUGGCAUUCGGGCUUGCCUUCCCGCAGUGCUUCUACGCUGAGAUCACCGUGGACAACGGCACCAUGAAGUGCAUCGUGGUCUGGCCUGAUGACGUGGGAUCCAAGCACCAGCUGGCGUACCACAUCGCCGUGAUUGUGUUGAUUUAUUUACUGCCUUUACUGGUGAUGUUUGUUGCAUACAGCAUUAUAGGAGUUACUCUGUGGAGCAGCACGGCUCCAGGCAACCACCUGAACAGAGUCCACUACGAACACCAAGUUAAUGCCAAAAAAAAGUUUGUGAAGACCAUGGUGGUAGUGGUGAUCAUUUUUGCUGUCUGCUGGCUGCCCUAUCACAUCUACUUCAUCCUGGGGAGCUUCAAGGAAGACAUCUACCAGCAGAAGUACAUUCAGCAGGUGUAUCUUGCAGUCUUCCUCCUUGCCAUGAGCUCGACAAUGUACAACCCCAUCAUCUACUGCUGCCUGAACCAGAGGUUUCGCUCUGGAUUCAAGCUAGCCUUCCGGUGGUGUCCCUGCAUAAAGGCAACAGAAAAAGACAAACUUAAACUCACGUCCCCAUCUCUCUACCAGACAACCCACAGGAAGUCAAGAGCAACAAGUUUCAACACAGAAACUCAGCUGAAUGAGAAAGAGAAGACAUCCUUUACCCUCACCCGAUUAACACUCUGAUUUCCUGCUCCUGGUUCUGGCUCCAUCCCCAUACACCAUGCCAAGGCAGCAGAUCUGAAGAAGCCUGAAAAGCAGGUCUUUUUCUCUGGAGCAACUGUUUCCUACAGGACUCCUUUAGACGCCAUCAGCAUUGAAGGCAGCGUGUUAUAACACUUUUAUCCAUGAAGGUCCAAGCUACAGAUACAAGUUUAACCCUCCCUUACAUCAACAGCUGCAAACAGAACAGACAUCAGCCCAGGAGGUCAAAAAAUCAGCAAAGCAGAUCUGAGGCAGUGCCAAUCAGGAGAAUUUAAAUUAUUCUCUUCUACAUUGUGAUCUCCUGAUUUCUGUUCCACCAAGACACUUGAAGUCAGGAAAGAGGAGAUGGAGCAGAAAGGCUGGGGCUCACGUGGCCCAGCUGGGAUGGACCCUGGGGCUGUGUGGGCAGCAAAGUGUUAGGGCUCAGCAGCCCCAAGGCACUGUGGACCAGAGCCUGUUUACAACAAAGGCAAAUACUAACACAUCCAGACUGAAAAAUCCAGCCUGCCCUCCUAAUUUUCUGCAUUCUGGGAUUUUCAUGCCUGCAAUUUCACCAGCAGAAACAGUUCCUUAAGAUGUUGUCAUUGCAUGGAUUUCUAUAACCUUGUCCCAAAAUAUGAUGUUGGUUUCCUAUUAAACCAUGCUCAAGUGAUUUCUCCUUCACAUUAAUUGUUUGGAGAGCAAGGCUCUUGGAAGAGUCAGUAGCCAGGGAUGGCCACUGGCUUGGUCAGGGCUCAUGGAUCCAAUCAGAAUCCACCUUCUUUACAUCCUUUUAGUCCUAACAGUAGUGGUCCAUCACUGUCUUUUCCCGGAUAGUCCUUUCACCUUCCCUUUCCAGACUUACCCCGUAUUUAUCCUCCCUGCUCUUCCCAGAUAUGAAAAUAAAGGCUGAAGUAUGUAAUCUUCCCAGCCUGAGGCAUUAUGUGCAGGCACACAAAACAGGAGAAGCUGAAAUAUAAGCAUAUGUAAAAGUAAUACAGCAUUUAAUAACGGUGUGAUAGCUUAGCACCUUCACCUCUCAUGACAGGUUUGUAAAUAAUAUCACAGAGCCAUACCUUAUCAAUUAAAAAACUCCCGUGAUGUUGACAAGAUCCAGUUAGUCGAAAUAUUCUCCUUUGCUCUGUGAAAGCCAAACUACAGGCGCUGCCAGGCUUAAAUUCUGCAGUAAAUCCAGAGAAAACGUUCAUGGCUUGAACUGAGAGAGCACUCAGGGAUACGAUUUUGCCAAGCCUGUUCCAGUACAGGAAUGAGAUUAUCUGUUCUUUCUCCAGUUCUCCACCUCCCU